CUCCCUCGCCAGCUUCUGGCCUUUGUAAAGCCUCCCAGGCUUGGCUUCCCUGCUUGGGGGAAACUGCUCCAUUCCCCUCCAACUAACGAUCGUCUGGCCGCCUCGACUAGUCGACAGGCGUAUCACGUUGUUUAAGCUUCCUCUUAAAAAAAAUUCCACGCCAUGAUAAUACUUUAUUAACUUGCUCGGCACAUUUUGUUGAGCGCCUACUAUGUGCCAGGCCCUGCUAGGAUAACAGUGGUAGGGGAGGUUCUUUGCUUACUCUGUAUACAGUCUAAUGGGAAGAGAGGAGACAACAGACAUUUUUGAAGAAUCGAAUAAGCAAAAGGAGAAUUAUAGCUGCGAAGGGAUAAAUUAGAGGUCAUUGAUAACUGACCAUCUACAAUAAGAUCUUGCCUUCGGUAGGUCAGGAAAGGCUUUUCCGACGGAAGCUUGUUCUGAGGUCUGAUGCUUUUGUGUAAAGAAGGAAGUGAACCCCGCAAAGCAAAAGGAAGAAGAUUGGGCUGUGCAAAGGCUGAAGAAUAUCUGGGAGUCAGAGCUGAGAGGACCUGAAUAGAGUGUGGUGUGAGAUGAAGCUGGAGCCAGAGGAAAUAGGACCUUAGCCAUAACUGAGGGAGUUUGGUCCUUAUCCAGAAAUCAACAGUUUUAAGCAGAAGUGAGUCAGGAUCAGAUUUGCAUUUUUAAAAGGCUCCUCUGCAGGGGGUGCUGGAGUGGAUUAGGGUAGACCCGUUUAGGCUAUUGCAAUACUCCAGACCAGAACUGUUGGAACUUGAAGAGUGGUGGGGAGAGAAGGAGAGCAAGAGAAAGGGGCCAAAGGGGCAUUAUUGAAGACAUACUUAAGAGGUCUUUGCUCAAAUAUCACUUUUUCAGUCGCCUUCCCUGACAGCCCUCUCUAAAAGAGCACUGAGUUGGCUCAACCCCUUAUCCUGUUUGGAUUUUCUCCAUAGUCACUUCCCAACUAGGAUGCAUGGGUUGGAAUCGGAGCCUGAACCCCGACCUGACAACAACCAGCAUCAUGUGGUUACUAAUUUUAACUGCUCUUCAUUCACCUAUUGAUGCCUCCCAGAAAAAAACGCCGCCAGCCUUCCCAGAAAGCCCAGCUGCUAUUCCAAGAACCACCACUGGAGGGCCCCAAACACCAUUAUGGCUCUCCCCAGUUUACCAUCACCCACACUAGACAGGUGCCCAGCAAGCCCAUUGACCAUAACACCGUCACUUCCUGGGUAUCACCUCAGUUUGAUAUGACAGCAGAAAGCUGGUUCCCGGUGAACCAGAAAUGUCAUCAUCGAAACCAGGCAAGACAUGCAAGUCGAAAAUCUACCGCCUCCAAGUUCCCACAUCUAACAUUUGACAGUCCACUGUUUUCCUCUUGUUCAGCCACACUUGGGAUCCCCUUAAGCAGGGAAUGCCCCGGUCAAUCAGAAAAGCAAAUUUCUGGAAGGCCCUUAGUUCCAAUGCUCAGUCCUCAAAGCUGUGGGGAAGUGUCAGCACAUGCGCUUCAAAACUUACCUUAUGUAUUCAUUCCCCCUGAUAUCCAGACCCCAGAGUCCUCGUUUGUGAAGGAGGGGCCUGUUCCCCCAGGUCAGAGGGAAAGUAGCCUUCCGAGCUGCUCCUUCCAUGCUAGUACUCCCAAGAGCCCAGAGCCUGGGCCUGUUCUAGUUAAAGACACUCCUGAGGAGAAGUAUGGGAUCAAGGUCACAUGGAGGAAACGACACCACUUGUUUACUUACCUCAGGGAGAGAGGGAAGCUGAACAAAAACCAGUUCCUUGUGAAAAACUCACUGGAUUUCUCCGGCACCAGCAGUCUCAAGAAAUUUUCAUAAAGUUGCUAAAGUACUUUUCUGGUUCACAGGAGAGUACAACAGGAGGAUAAAAUGGAAAUAGUACCAAUAACCUCAAUAGAAAAAAAGAUGUUUUAACCAGAACCUUGGAGUCGUAAGGGAAUUCAGUUCCCAGAUUUGCUUUUUAAGAUGUCUUUUCCUAAAAAGUUUUUAGUGUCAUAAACAGUUCAUAUUUUUCUUAACAUUAACUGUCUAAAAUUUUAAAGUAUCUUGUAGUAACUAUUUAAAAUGUAUGUAAAUAAAUGAUUGCAGAAAGGUU